GGCGCUGGGAGCGCGACAUGGUGGGCGCCGGUGUGCGCGGGGCGCCGCUGCUGCCGCCCGGGCUGCUGCUGCUGCCGCCUCUGCUGCUGCUGCUGCUGCGGGGCGCGGCGGGCGGCAUCGCCGACAGCGUCGUCUGGGCCGUCAACGCGGGCGGCGAUGCCCACGUGGACGUGAACGGCAUCCACUUCCGCAAGGACCCGCUCGAGGGCCGCGUGGGCCGAGCUUCUGACUACGGGAUGAAGCUGCCAAUCCUGCGGUCCAACGCGGAAGACCAGAUUCUGUACCAGACCGAGCGCUACAACGAGGAAACCUUUGGCUAUGAAGUUCCCAUCAAAGAGGAGGGUGACUAUGUGCUGGUGUUGAAGUUUGCAGAGGUCUACUUUGCACAGUCUCAACAGAAGGUAUUUGAUGUUCGCUUGAAUGGCCACGUGGUGGUGAAAGACUUGGACAUUUUUGACAGAGUUGGACACAGCACAGCUCACGAUGAGAUCAUUCCCAUGAGUAUCAAAAAGGGGAAACUGAGUGUCCAGGGGGAGGUUUCCACGUUCACGGGGAAGCUCCACAUUGAGUUUGUAAAGGGCUACUAUGACAAUCCAAAAAUCUGUGCCCUAUACAUCCUGCAAGGAACAGUGGAAGAUGUCCCAAAGCUGCAGCCGCACCCCGGUCUGGAGAAAAAAGAGGAGGAUGAUGACGAAGAUGAGUAUGAUGAUGGCUCCAGUGUCAAAAAACAGGCAAAUAAGAACCGGGUUCAGUCAGGCCCACGCACACCAAACCCCUAUGCCUCGGACAACAGCAGCCUCAUGUUUCCUAUACUGGUGGCCUUUGGUGUCUUCAUUCCUACCCUCUUCUGCCUCUGCCGGUUGUGAGAGCAGGCCCCACAGUGCAUCAGCCCAGGGGCUGGGAGGGAAGGAGUUGGACCAAACACAGUUGCUUUCAAUUUCUCCAUAUUGUUCAUAAUUUAAGGAAAAAAAAAAAAGAAAAAAAAGGUGAUUCAUUUGGAAUGAAUAGCAAUGAAUAGCAGGUCCAGGUAAGAGGGAGCUUACCUUCCCCCUACCAGCAAGCAGCAAGGCCCUCGCCUUCCCCUUCGCACCAUGUGCAGGCUCCAAUUCUCCCUGGGGCAUCCAAGAGUGAACUGAGUCCUGGCUGGCUGUGUGUUGGGCUGUUGAAAGCUGAUGCUGCCAGUCCUGGGCCACUUCCCACACUGAGGGAUAGCAAUGUGCUGCGAGAUCUCUGCCUUUACUAGGUGGAAUACGGUUCCUUAAUCAGGGAAGUAGCUCUUAAAACAAGGCCUGGGCACACGUCCAGGAGUGUGGAAUUGUUGUGGUGCUGUUGGGUGUCAAACGACUAUGGAGGACAGAGCCUGGCACGAUGUAUGGUACUCACCUGCCUGAAGACCCCAAGACUCCAGCUCUCUGCCCAGCCUCCGUGGAGACAGUCCCCUCCAAGGACUGUGAGCUGUGCCAGGAGCAGAGGGAUUUAUCAGGCCUGAUUUGCUGCACCAGUUGGGAGAGACUUUCCUAGUUUGGCAGUUGCAAUGUUUGUUCCAUCGCAGAGGGAUUCUGCUGUAGCCUGCGAGAGGCUGACGUUGUUGGCGUCUGAUCAGAUGCACUUGUUUUCUGUAUUGAUUAUUGAUUAUGGCUUUUGUUUCCUUUAAUAUCCUUUUAUUUUCGAAGGUUUUGUUUCAAGCCCAGUUCCUUGUUUUGCCCUUUCUAGCAAACAACCUCUUCUUUGGAAGAAGCUGAAAAUCAGAUGACCUAGAGAGGAACCUGGUCAGGGACUUAUUCCUUGACCUUCCUGCGGGUUAGCUCCCUUCUCCAUGACUCUGAACAACCUGUGCUGCAGGACAGAGCAGAGCAACCUGGUGGAUGCUCCCUGUGAGCUCUCAUUCCCUGUGUAGGGAUCAGGCCUCCCUGCAGCAGUGAGAGCCUGGUCAGUGUUUACAGUGAGCUUGGCCUUGUGCAUGUCCAGGCAGUGUAGCAAAGGGGCUGAUGUCCAGCAUUUCAGUCCUGGAGAGCAAGGUGGUUUGUUGCCAUCCAGAGAUCUGAAAGUGAGCAGAACACUGGAGAAAAGGUCACCUGCUUUCCCCAGGGAUAUUCCUGCAAGAGGCUUUUGUUUCCACAUGGAGAGCCUGUGCCUGCCUGACAGAGGCUGAGCAAAGUGAAAGCUGCUGCUGCUCCUGCUGAUCCAGAGCUGCAGGCCCCGAGGAGCUGCCUUCCCAUGGUUUUGGCCUCCAACAUGUUGAACAUUUCUGGCUGGCAGGAGGAGAUGUUCUGGCUGGAACAGGAUCUGUCCCAGGCAGGAUCAGGUCCUUGUGGGUCAGCUUGGAUGCUGCAGAGCUCACAGAACGCUUUACCUCACGCUCUCUCCAUUGUCCUCAGAAGUGUUCUGUCUUUCCCUGGAGCAGUGGCACUGAGCAGUGACCUCCACGCUGCUCUGCCUCUCAGGGCUUGCAUUUUCCCAGCAGUUGUUCCUGGGUUUGAUCCCCUGCGGUGGCUCAGCCUUUGUUUGAGCUGAGCAGGGUCAGCCAAAUUGUGUUGUUUCUGGAAGGGGACCUGGAGGAGCAGCCUUUUCUGUUCUGCUGGGCCCAGGCAGCUGAAGCCUUCGCUUCCUCCUCACCCUCGAGCUGUGACAGGAGCUGUCAGCUCAGGGGCUUCAGGCUGAGAACUGGGGGAGGUGACAAAGUGCUGCUCUCUGCAUCAGUGCCACUGAACCUUUUCUGAUCACAUACAUCACUGCUAUAGGCCUGACCCUAAUUCUGUCUCUGUGAACUAAAAAGCAAGCAGGAUCUUAAUUAUCUUCUCUCCAACUGCAUAAAUGUCUACAGCCAGUUUGGGAGAAUCAAGUGUCCCUGCCCCAGUAAGAGGGGAAGGCAGGCUUUAAGUAGAGCAAAUCUUAAAGAACAAACCUUAGGAUGAAAAGGUGGUAAGCUUGAAGUGUUCUGCUUCAUCUUCUAGCUGCUGUUAAAAUCCUACUACUUAUAAAACUCAUAAAAUACAAGCUCUGUUUUGUUCGGUGACAGUGCCUGCAGGGAUUCUCCAGCAUUUUUGGGAUGCUCUAACUGGAGCACAGAGACAUUUAGAUCUUUAUCAGUUUUGAGAAGCAUGAACUGCGCUGAUUUGUUAAGCAAAGAACCCGGAGUUGAAAACAGGCGUCUCGGUAAGGAGCUGCUCUCCUCCAGGCCUUUUGGGUUGCAUUUUAUUUGAGCAUCCUUGCAGCAAGGAAUCGCUCGGCUUCUUGUGGCUCAGCCAGUAAUCUCUGCACCUUGCCUGGCAUGGGAAAAGGGGUGUGCAUUUAGAUGUGCAAAAGUUGGAGACAAGUCUUCUAGGGUAGUUUAUCCCAGCCUUUCCCGGCAGCCAGGGCAUCCAUUUGGUGCCAUCGGCUGCCCCAGGGCAGAGCUGUGCAGUGUGAUGUUGUGUUCCAGUUGCUCAGUUUAAAUGAAUCUGUCUUGUUUGAAUAAGAAUAGGGAGGAGGAAUAGUUCAUGGCUUCAAUUUAGUUGUUUUGACUCUGGUUUUAUGCAUCUUUGUCACUACAAAGCUGGUGUCUGGGUGGUUCCUGACCCUGUUAAGGUGCUAUGAGCAGUUUCCUUGUUGAUCCAUCCCCUCCUGGCAGGUUUGCCUUGAAGGAGCCUUCAAACGAAGCGUGUGGGAGCACAGAGGGUGGUAGAGGGUGGCCAGUCGGCACCUUCCUGGGAAUGGUGUACUCUGGCUCCCAUUGCCAUCUCUGUCUAGUAUCUGCAAGCCAGAUAAAUGGGUCCUGAGCAUGGAAAGAAAAAGUUUGGGCUGUCUGUAGCUUUCCAGAACGGGUGUUUGAGGGAAUAUCUGAGACACAGUUUAAGUGAGGCAGGUUAGGGACAAGCCUGUUUGAGCUGAUUCCUCCCACCAGCAGCAGGCACGUGGAGCACAGCAGUGUGGGGAGCUGGGUCAGAACAGACCUGGCUUGAUUCAUGUUGUGUAGAGAGGGGCAGAUACGGCAAUUUUAAUAAAGCUUGCACUUAAAGGGCAAAUGACACCUUUGAUCAUGUUUGGGGCCUGGAUGCAGUCUCAGCGUGGUGGUUUCAAAGCCUUUUUUAAUUGCCCCAUCAGCCCCUCCUUUAAGCCAGGACCUUUUCCCUUUUGUGUGUGUAACUAAACAUCUCUGACCCUUUUGAGUGUCCCAGGUGGCAGUGAGCAGAAACCCAAAUGAAUUCCCUUCUCUUUUUUGUGCCUUUGUCUCAGGCUUUGAAUAAAAGUCUAUUUGAAGGAGCUUCUUUUUUUUUUAAGGAGCUUCUGAGUUUUUUCUUUUUCCCCAAGGGACAGACAUUCCCUGCCCUUGAGAUCAGCUGGGGUCUGUCUCCCUGUCCCUGGAUGCCACCUCUGGAGGUCACAGCUGAAGCAGAGAACUGUGAGCGAAUAUCUUUGUUUCCAGCCCUUGAGGUCAAUGGAAGAAAAGCCUAACAAGGGAUAGAAGAACUGGAAGAGCUCCUUCAGGUCCCAGAAAUCUCCUGAAGGCAGGAUGGAGAACUUGCAGACAGUCUGGUGCCUGUGUGUCUGUGCAGUUCAGAGCUGAGUGAGUCACGGCUGGGUCCUGGUUCUUACAACUUCUGGGUGCAGGGGGAGGCUUGGGGGGUCCUGCACCCCAGAUUUACUUGCUGAGGUCUUGCCCUGUGCUGUUCAGGUCUGAACAGAGAGCAGGGACUUGUGCUUUGUCCCUUGGCCUUCCCUAAGUUGAAAUGGGAUUGCAAGAGCCAGGGAAGUGUCUUGAUAUGGGGACUUUGGGCUGGACAGGCCUGUUGCUGAUAGAAAACAGCAGGAGGAGGGAGAGGACCAUCAGAGCAGGUUUAGCCCUUGUGAGACAGAUACUGAGCAGCUGCAAAGUACCAAAUGUUUCAGGCUCUGUUUGGUGCUCAAAUGUGGGAGAGAUCCGUCUGCUUCUUGCUCUUACGGUGAGGAGGGAAAUACCCUUGCUGAGAAUCCCAGGGAAAUAGGAGCUGGGCCAGCACUGAGCUAAUUUACCUACUGGCACUUGUGCAUCUCCACAACAAAUGCCAAAGCCUAAUACAAUUCAAGGAUGCCAUUUUACCGUCGGCCUGGUUCCACCAGUCUGUCCUCACCUGCUGGUCCCAAACAGGCUCACACGAGUGUUCUCAAACGGCACAAACACCCCAGGCUGGAGCUGGGAGGGCUCAGAAUCGUGAGCAUGACUGGGCCUCCUGUGCUGCACCUCUGCUUCGCGCUGCCCAGCGGGUCUGGGGCACGUGCGCUCACCUUGGAUCCAAAGGAUUUGUCCCAGGAGUGUAGUAGCAUUGGAAGGUGCUGGGCUGGAUGGGAGAGGUGAAAGCAGGUCCAUGUCUUCCGGGACUCUGGCUUGCUCAGAGUUUAUUGCUGUAUAUUAAAUACUAUUUUUGAAGAUUGAGGGGAAGAUGAGGGAGGGGGAGGGAUGUGACGAUGCUGUCUCCAGUCUGAUCAGUGGGAUGCUACUGCAGGUUAUUGAUAGGUUUUGAUUUUUUUUUUCUGUUUUGUUUUGUUUGUUUCUCAAAAAGUGCUUUAUUUAAAAAAAAAAAUCAACAAAACAUGCUUUCCUCCCUCCUAGAAACAGUGCUGGCUGAUUACAAAAUGUGAAUAAUCUUUUGGAAACAUCAGAGGUCUCUGCUAAAGAGUUUGUGUGAUGGAGAUUUGAAGGCAAGGGGCAAAGUACAGCUUGAACCAGUUUUUAACUGGGGAGAGUGUGAAUCCAGGAAAUGCAGAAUCCCUGCCCUGGAGUUGUUCCCAGUCACAUGUAAGGGGGAUGUGUUUUCCUGUGCUGCCAUGGCUGUUCUGUCACACUGUGGCAGUGCCUGUGUUGGGGUGAUGGAGCAAAGCAGUGGAUGGAAACUUGCUGGCAAGUGAGGGCUUGAAUUUUUUGUGGUUUCCUGUGGCACUUUGUGUCUUCAGAGCUUUUGGUAAAGCAGCCCCAGAGCCUGUGAGAGCAGAAGCAGGAUUUGUGCUCGUGGCAGGAGGCAGUAGCCAGGACUGUGAGAGGUGACAGUGGUGUUUGGGUCCCAUCAGUGCUGCACUUUUAGCACUGGCAGAUGGUCCCACCACUCCAUGGUGCCUGUCUGGGGAUGUGUGGAAGUAACCCGUACCCUUGGCACUAAGGACACAUCAUGAACUACGUAAAGCUGCAGGUCUGAGAGUUACCUGUAAAGGCCAAAGCAGCAUGGGGAGAGAUCCCCAUCUGUGUCUGUCACCAGGCUUUUAAAGGAGGAUUUUUUUAUUUUACUGUCCAUUGCUUUGUGUUGUAACAACUUGCAGUGACAUUUUUUUAGUUUGUUUUGCAGCGAGCUUGGGCCCUGGGUGAAAAGCACAGAUACCUAUUUCUGAUUGCAUCGGCUUUGCAGGGACUAGUUUGGGGGGAAAGAUGGGUGUGGGGGUGGGUUAUUUUAUUUUUGGUACACGGUAGCAGUUUUAUUUUUUAAUUUCCCCAGGAUGUUUGGUUGAGGGAAUGUUCUGAAGUCUACUGUCUGGCAGUUUAACCAGCAGUGUGCUAAAGGAAAAUAAACAAAAUUAUAUUGUCACUUGGA